UCAACUCCCGGAAGUAACGGGACGCACGUGUGUUUACGAGCUGUCCAAGCCUAAAGAGUACUGCCUGUGUUUUCAUCAGAAAGUGAAUUAUAAUCCAGUUUGCAGUGCGGUAAAUUGUAUAAAGGUGCUGUUAAAAAAAUACACUAUAGGAGACAAAAGCAAUGGCUUCACAAACCCGUGAAGAAGAAAGCGAUGAUGGGAUGGAUGAGUUUAUGGAGAAAUUUAAGACUCAUAAAUACCAAAAUGCGUUCAGUGAAAGCAGCUGGGAGGAGGAGUUUGAUAAAGUGCCCAUGUUCAUGAAGUCUGCUCCAGAAGACAUAGACCCCAUUAAACAUCCUGACCUUGCCUGUCUCCAGUCCAUUAUACAUGAUGAUGACCGACCACCUGAGGAGCAAGCAAAGAGUUUAAAGGAUGAGGGCAAUGAGUACUUUAAGGAAAAGAACUAUCAGAAAGCUAUAGUGUCCUAUACAGUGGGCCUGAAAAAAAACUCCACUGAUUCAGACCUAAACACUAUCCUUUAUACCAAUCGUGCUGCAGCCCACUUCCAUCUAGGAAACAUGCGAUCAGCCUUGAAUGAUGCAACUACUGCACGGAAACUGAAACCAGGCCACAUUAAAGCUAUCAUCAGAGGAGCCCAGUGCUGUAUGGAGCUGCGUAAUUAUACAGAUGCAUUGCAGUGGUGUGAUGAAGGCCUCAGGGUUCAGCCUACCAAUAAGAAACUUCAGGAGCUCAGAGCCACUGCAGACAAACAGAAGAGGGCAGUGGAGCGAGAUGCCAGAAAGGCUAAAGCUAAAGAGAAAAAGCAGCAGAAUGAGAGAGGAGCACUGUUGGCUGCUAUUAAGGAGCGUGGCAUUCGGCUUCUCAAGGCUGAGAAGGCUCUGAGCAGGGGCUCUGACAGUGAAGGUGAUGGUGAUGAAGGAUCCACAGUAGCCAUGGCAGAGUUGAGUCUGGAUGGACUGAGCUCUCAGGAAGCCACAGGAGCACAGGUGUACCUGGAUGAGCAGGGCGCCCUCCACUGGCCUGUGCUGUUCCUGUACCCUGAGCACAGACAGACCGACUUCAUCUCAGCCUUCUGUGAAAACUCCAGAUUUAUAGAUCAUUUAACGGUCAUGUUUGGAGAGGAACUUCCUCCAUGGGACACAGACAGAAAAUAUCAGCCACAAAAUCUUCAGCUGUUUUUUGAAGACCAUGAGAAGGGGCACCUUUAUGAAGUGGAUCUGGAAACAUCCCUUCUAGAUGUCCUUCAGCAUCCAGGGUGCUCUGUGAAGGCGGGAACUCCAAGCUUCAUCGUAUUGGUAAAAGAUUCGCCAUUUUGUAAACAGUUUUUAUCAGGCAAGAAAGUCUAUAGACUGAAAUGAAGGAUGGUUAAAGGACUCCGAGUGUAUUAGCCAUUGAUGAAGCACCUGCUAUAUUGUGGUUUUGCUUCAUGUCCUGAGUAAGUGACUGCUAAUGGGUGAGAUGACCUUUGCUGAAGGUCAAAUUCAUGUUAAUAAUCAGUAUUCCCUCAUUCACCCAAAGCACACUUUUAAUGCUCCUGCAAAAUACCAACACGGAAACCUACAGGUUAAAAAAACCCCACAACUUCAUAAAAGACAACAAAUUAAUAGAGCCACACGUAAUGAAAACACUGACUCUCUGGAUCAAGUAAAGAAGUGCAACCUCAAACUGUUUUACCACCGUUUGAAAAUGGGUUUUAUAAAUAAACGCCUUUCCAAAAACA